CUCGUUCAUAGUACAUUACCACUACAAGCACAAAUCUCCGGCACCUAUGACAGCAUCCUUCUCCCUCGUAUCGACCAGACACCAAAGAUCGAGAGAUUGCCAACCUUGAUUCGUGCCCUCUAGUUCGCAGAGUAUGCGUUGUCUCUUCCCGUCACUCUCCCUCGUGCAAUCUGCCCGUCUGCCAGCUUACCUGCCGUGUGUCCGCAUCAUCCCUCCUGACACGUCAAUAUGGUUCAUGCCCACGCAACGCAUGACACUUGCAGCAUGCAGGGCCACGCCACGCCACGCCACGCCACGGCAUGCCACGCAGUCUCAUAACAAGAGACAAAAGGGAGCCGUGCGAACCAACGCACAAAUCCAAAACAGAUAGAUAUCCGAUGCGGCUUGUGCGAUGAUGGAGAGUAUAAGAAUAAAUCAAACCAAUGAUAGGUCUAUAGAGGAACAACGUGUAGUCGCAUGU